AUGAGUGUGCCACCGCCAAUUGAAUCCGCUCUCGUUGUUGGGGGCUGCGGCGUCCUUGGUCGUCGCAUGGUCACCGAGUUACUGAAGCUCGACCCCUCGCCCAAAAUCGCAGUUUUUGAUUUGCGCACAGCUCAAAACCGCGUUCAGUCUCCGUUUGUCGAGUAUCACGAUGUAGACAUAACGGACAAGGAAGCAGUGCGUGCUGCUCUUCGCACGGUCAGGCCUCAAGUUAUCUUGCACACAGCUUCGCCUCCAGCGGGGCUCUUGGAUCUUGGUCUAUACUUGAAAGUGAACGUCGAGGGAACUCGCAAUCUCUUGGAGGGCGCAAAGCAAGCAGGAACGAAAGCCUUUGUGUACACAUCAAGCGCCUCCGUCGUCCACGACGCCAUCAGCGACUUGGUCGAAGCAGACGAAAAUCUACCACUCGUGUACCUCCCACAACAAAAAGAAGUUUACUCCCACACCAAGGCAUUGGCAGACCAGCUAGUACUCGAUGCAAACAGCACCACCCAUGGUGGAAUGCUAACAGCAUCAAUCCGACCUUCGGCAAUAUUUGGCGAAGAUGAAGGAACCGCAAAAGGCCUCGCUGAGACUGCUGCGGCUGGAAAGCUGAAAGUCCAAAUUGGUACUGGGAAGAACCUCUACGAUUUUACCUACAUCGAGAAUGUUAUAUACGCACAUAUCUUAGCUGCUCAGUGUUUACUGGAAAACAAGGUGAGUGCUGCUGGGGAGGGAUUUAUCAUAACCAACGACGAGCAUGUCCCAUUUUGGGAAUUUGCACGAGCAGUUGGAGAUGCCGCAGGAUAUCCUACCAACAUAAAAGAUGUUCGGACCAUACCCAGAUGGGCCGGGCUCAUGAUGGCGGUACUUGCAGAAUGGAUCGUUUGGCUCACCUCUUUCGGUCGCAAGAAAUCGCACAUAAACACAGUUGGCAUCAGAUAUAGUUGCAUGACAAGGACAUAUCGGAUUGAUAAGGCGAAGAGGAUUCUGGGAUACAGACCCCUUGUCACUUUGCAGGAAGGAAUUCUCCGGAGCGGGAAGUCUUUUCUUACCCAAUCGAAGAAAACCGCGUGA